GCGGCGAGAGGGAGGAUGCCGGGCUUCACGUGCUGCGUGCCGGGCUGCUACAACAACUCUCACCGGGACAAGGCGCUGCACUUCUACACGUUCCCGAAGGACGCGGAGCUGCGGCGCCUGUGGCUGAAGAACGUGUCUCGGGCGGGCGUCUCGGGCUGCUUCUCCACCUUCCAGCCCACCACCGGCCACCGCGUCUGCUCGGAGCACUUCCCGGGCGGGAGGAAGUCCUACCUCGUCCGCGUGCCCACCAUCUUCCCGCUCCGGGGCGUCAACGAGAGGAAGGCCGGGCGAGGGGGCGGCGGGGGCGGGGGCGGGAGGAGGCCGGGGGGUCCGCGCGGGCACGCCCCCCUCCACCCCUCCGCCGCCCAGGCCGCCGCCCAGGCCGCCGUGCUGCUCACCCUCCAGGAGGCCGGCCAGGCCGGAGGGGGGGCGGCGACGGGCAGCGAGGCGGCGGCCUUGAGGGCCGGGAUGGGGGCCGAGGACGUCAAGCCCAUGGACCUCACCGUCCAGCUCGAGCUCGGAGGGGCCGCCGCCGCCGCCGCCGCCGCACUAGUGUCGCCCAUGAGCCUGGCCAGCUUCCUGGCCCAGAACGGGGGCGCCCUGGGCGGAGGAGGAGCCCCCGGCGGAGAGGGCGGCCCGCCCGACCACUCGUACUCGCUGUCCUCGGGCACCACCUCGGAGGAGCUGCUCCGGAAGCUCAACGAGCAGCGGGACAUCAUCGCCCUCCUGGAGGUCAAGAUGAAGGAGAUGAAGGGCAGCAUCCGACGCCUGCGCCUGGCCGAGGCUCAGCUGCGCGAGGAGGUCCGGGAGAAGGACCGCCUCCUCCACGCCGCCACGCUCGGGGGCAGCAGCAGCGGCAGCGCACACCGCAAGCGCCACGGGCUCUGAGGCACCACCAGCCCCCUCAGGACUGC